AUGUUGCCACACUGCUCCGUCUUGGUGUUGCUCUGUGUGACCCGGCUGCUCUCCCUGUCCUCGGCCCUGCCCUUUGAGCAGAGAGGCUUCUGGGAUUUUGCCAUGGACAGUAUGGACAGUGGUGGGUUAAUGGCGAUGAUGAAGGAUGAGGAAGAAGGUUCGGCCGUGGAGGAGCUCCCUUCGCCAGACGUUCACAUCUGCCCCUUCGGCUGUCACUGUCGGCUGAGAGUUGUCCAGUGUUCUGACCUCGGUCUCACUGAGGUUCCAAAGAAUAUCCCACCGGACACCAAGUUUCUUGACCUGCAGAGCAACCACAUCAGUGAGCUCAAAGAACACGACUUCAAAGGCCUGACAAACUUAUAUGGUCUGUCUCUGAGAAAUAACAUGAUCUCCAAAGUCCACCCAAGAGCAUUUGUCCCUCUGAAGCACAUGCAGAAGCUGUACUUUUCCAAGAACCGACUCACAACAAUCCCCAGAAACUUGCCUGCUUCUCUGGUAGAGCUGAGGAUCCAUGACAACCAAAUCAGGAGGGUGCCAGAGGGUGUCUUCACAGGACUGGGCCACAUGAACUGCAUAGAAAUGGGUGGGAACCCCAUUCACAACAGUGGUUUUGAGCCAGGAGCCUUCAAGGGACUCAAACUCAGUUACCUGCGUAUAUCAGAGGCCAAACUGACUGGUGUUCCCAAAGAGCUUCCAGACUCUCUCCACGAGCUUCAUCUGGAUAACAACCAGAUCCAGGCUGUAGAACUCGAGGACUUGAGUCGCUACAAACAUCUAUACAGGUUGGGCCUUGGGUUUAACCAUAUCCGUCACAUAGAGAAUGGCAGUCUGUCCUACCUCCCCCUCCUCAGAGAACUUCACCUUGACAACAACCGUCUCACUCGUGUCCCACAAGGCCUCCCAGAAAUGAAAUACCUACAGGUGGUCUACCUCCAUUCCAACAGCAUCAGCCAUGUGGGAGUGAAUGAUUUCUGUCCUCGCGGCUUCGGGAUGAAGAGGACAUUCUAUAACGGCAUCAGUCUGUAUGCUAACCCCAUCAAUUACUGGGAGGUGCAGCCUGCGACGUUCCGCUGUGUCAGUGACCGACUGGCCAUUCAGUUCGGCAACUACAAAAAGUAAAGACAGAGGGGGAGAGAGAGAGAGAGAGGUGGUGAUGGAGGGAUGGAGGAAGAUGCAGAUAAUUUAAAUCCUGAGACCUGGAAGAUGGAAAGAAAGGAGCAGUUAUUUUAGAAGCUCUUUAGAAAUAAAUGCUCCUUUUUGGGAGUGAGUUGGAGUGAUGGAGAUGGUGGCAGAUAAACCGAUGAAAUGGCAAAGAGAGGGAAGUAAAAAGCAUCAUGCAACUUGAAGGGAACAGAAGGAAAAGUGCUUUCAGUAUUUCAUCUGAAUUUUUCGCAGUUUUUGAAUUUAGUGUUUUUUAGAUUUUAAGUUUGCUGUUUGUAAAGAAAAAAAAAGAGACUGUUUGAAAUGAAUGUUCCCCCCCGCCCCAAGACCAAAUCAAGUCAUAUUUAUUAACAUUUCAAUGAAGAACACAAUUAAAUAAUAGAAAAAGAUUUUGAUAUUUAAUAAGUGAUCUGCCUGACAUUCUGAUUUAGGCGACUGACUAAGUGAUCAUCGGUUCAAACAUCUUCAUAGAUUCGCUUUUCUUUUUUGUUACAACCUUGUCGUAUUAACACACUGUUAGCAGUCAAGCCUCUCUACCUUUGAUGACUGUUUUAUUUUUGAGUAAUCUGUUUCGCUUAGUGAUCAAGAGUGAGACGGUCGGCCAUCCCAGGAGUUACAAAAACCCACUAUACAACAAACUAAUAUAAGUAAAGUACUUUGUAAUCAUUGCUACAUUAGUGUAUUUAGUGUAUGUGUAUUUUUUUCUAAUAAACUCUCAGUCCUACAUCAGUCUUAGGCCCGUCUCCCAUUACACAUUUUUGGCCCCAAUUUUGAAACUGACAUAACUGGACUUCAUUAAAAAACUGUAUACAAUCACAGUUCUUACUAUUAUCUACUAUAUGAUAUUAAUUGUAAUGAUUACUGUUGACUCCACCUGACUAUGUAUAAUAUUGUUAUGUAUGCUCCAGUGCAUGCACAAAGCUCUACUUUCUCUUACCACGUUUCCAAAAAGCUAAAAUUUCUCUCUUGAAAUCUCAAAACUCUUUUGUUGACAAACGCGAUAUGGUUUUAAUGGGCUUCAUGUUGCAGAGGAGGAUCAAAAGAAUGGGAGUUCCCAAUUACUGCAUGUUGUACUUGAUUGUCCACAUUCACCCAUUUUACACAAGAUUACCACCAAUCUACACCAAUUAAAUCUGAUUAUUCAUUUUUUUUGCAUCAUGAUUUAUCCCAAUGUCAAUUUUUUAAACAUGUUUAAAACUUUCCCAGUUGCUCACAGGGUUUUACAACACUACUUUUUAGCAAUCAAAAAUCUGUAAUGGGAGAACGGCUUAAAAAGAUAUUUCUGGUCAGCUUCUUUACUGCUGAUGUUGGGCAUGGAUCGUGUGUUGUGACUCCACAGCAGGUACAGCAUAAAAUACAGUGCAUUGUAAGCCUCUCUGGUAAGCUCACCAAGGCAGAAGUGAUGAAUGGGAAACACUGUUCCAUAAUGUUUCAAAACCUUUGCAACACCUUUGGUUUGGGAAACUGUUAAGAUGUCUGCAUAAAAAGGAAGGCAUCGUGUACUCGAGAAUCCUCAGUUCAAACCCCCACCAGACCAGAAAAUCACUAAGGCCCCUUGGACAAGUUUCUUAAUCCUGAAGUUGUUCUCAGUGUGUAGUGAGUGCAUUGCACGACAGCACCCUGACAUCGCUGUGUAAGUAUGUGUAUGUGAAUGGGUAGAUGUGAGGCAUCAUUCUAAAGCACUUUGAGCUUCUGAUUCAGAUGGAAAAGUGCUAUAUCAAUACAGUCCAUUUAUCAUUUACUCUGCUGCCUCCUGCUGAGUGAUUCAGGAAAGUUCAUCCUGAACAAAUUAUGAAUUUCAGAUUUAGUCUACAGUGAGUGUAAGGUCUGUAUGUGCCUAGCACAUAUGUUUCUUGUGUAAUAAUAUAACUGACCAUUUAUAUUCUAAGUGAUGCUGCAGUCAUGAUGCUCUGUGCACACCUGAUCCCAUCAGAUCUCAGAGCUGAAGUAGAAUAAGUUGUGAUCAGUUUAUGAUCUUUACCACUUGAUUGUUUGGAUAAUUGGUUAAUGUGAUCACUGUACUUUACAAGUAUUUGGUUGCUCACCUGCAUCACCUCUGUUUUUGCUUGUUUGACAGAUCUUUGUUGUGCUUUGUUUUAUUUGUUAUUUGUAGUAUGGGUAAAGCAAAUGGUCACCCCUCUGAGUCUGGUCUGCUUGAGGUUUCUUCCUAUAAACAAAAAAAUCUAAGGACGUUUUCCCUUACCACUGUUGCCAAAGUGCUUGUGAAGUGCCUUUGGGUGACUUAUGUUAUGAUUUUGGCGCUGUAUUAAUAAAUUGAAUUGAAUUAAUUAUCAAAUCAAAAAAUGUAAAAAUAUGUUAAUAACUACACUGUGAAAUUUGAAGACUCAGAAGAAAGUGGUGUGAGUGUAUUUAGAGUUCUCGUACAUUCGUCCUGUUGAUACCCAUGUAUUUCCUUUUCAGCAGUUUGUGGCAAAAAGUAUUUUAUUUUAUUUUUUACAUCAAAUGUAAUUGUCAAAGGUGAGUGGAGCCCCCCAGAGGUUUGAUUGCUAACAAUGUUUUAAUAUGGCUCAAAUCGUACAAAAGUGAACUUGUGCUUAAAGCCUUUUGAUGUUCAAAUAUAUGUAUUAAACUUUUAGAAUUACAACAUUGGGCCUAUUUUCAACCAAUUACAGCAAUAACAUUUCACACAGUUUAUAACAACAGUUCAAGUUAAGCAUCAGUAGUCCAGCGCAACAUUUUAUAUUGCUAUCACAGAGGUCAAAUUAUCUAUUUAAAAUAUUAGUCAUCACAUCUUACCCCAUUGAUCUGAGGUAACCGAACUGCCCAUUUUGUCUGCAUCAGGGGUAAUUUGCGUGCCUUUACAAAAUAUUCCGCUGUCUGUAUAAUACUUUAUUGCAGUAUUCCUUGAGGGGAUACUGACGUAGACAUAGAAUACACACGUGCUUUGCUUUGAGACAGUGAAGGCAGUGUGUUCAUAUAGUGCUAUACAACAGUAGUGUUGAUGCAUUAUUUUGCACAGUUUUUUUUCUGUCAUGCUUUAUCUGCUUGAGGGUCUUUGUGGGGGCUGACCUGUUUAAACUGGUAUACCUAUAUGUGGUACUACUUUAGCAAUAAAUAGCGUGUCUCUGUUGUGUAAUCUGACAAGCUACUGCUGCAUGUGAAUAAAGACAUUGUUUUAGUCAUUAGGACAAAUUGUUGGCCCUGAGUUUGGUUGGAGCUGUGUGAGAAAUAAAGAACAAAUAUCAAAAAUGG